AUGGCUGCGCCCUCUGCUGCACUCACGUUACAGCCCUCGGAGCUGCGCCCGCACUGCCUCGCGCGUGACCGGUUGCAGGUAUGGCGACCCCUCAAACCCCGAUCCAUGCGCGACCCAGACGGACGCGAGGUGGGCAACAUAACCGAGCACGACAUCGAGCGGAUCCUCCUGGCCACCGUCUCAUCGUACGGGUCAGGCACGCGCGAGUCGUACGGUGCCGGUCUCCUAGCCUUCCACGUCUGUUGCGACGCGCGAGAGGUGGUGGAAGAGCAGCGCGCACCGGCGAGCCACUCCACCAUCCUCACCUUCAUAGCCAACUGCUGCGGGGUCUACAGUGGAGCCACGGUGCGCAACUACGUCGCCGGCGUCCACGCAUGGCACACAAUCCACGGCCAGCGCUGGGAAAUCGACGCCGACGAACUUACAGCGCUCCUCAGAGGAGCAGAACGCCUAGCACCUCCUGCAUCCAAGAGGCCGAAGCGUUUGCCAGUGCUCACGUCCUUCCUCACGGCCGCGAAAGCGCAGCUGGACCUGAACGAGCCACUCGACGCAGCAGUGUGGGCUUGCCUCACAACUGUCUUCUUCGCGGCAGCCAGGCUAGGCGAGUUCACACAGCAAAACCUGAACAGCUUUCAGCCGAGCCACCACGUCAAACCAUCGGACGUACGGCAUGACGAGGACCGGCAUGGCUACAAAGUCACGGUCAUACACCUGCCCACCACCAAGGUCGCGCCACUCGAAGGCGAGGACGUUUACUGGGCGGCGCAACCAGGGAUGCCAUUCGACCCGGGCGAGACCCUCGCGAGCCACAUGCGGGUCAAUCAACCAGACCGGGGAGGCCAUCUGUUCGCGUGGAAGCACCGACAAGGCCCGCGCGCACUGACAAAGUCAAAGUCAGCGCUCCUCAAGCGGAUGGACACCAUCGCCGCGCUCCUGGGAGAGGCGCCCAUGAAAGGCCACGGGCUGCGCAUAGGAGCGACGCUCGAGUACCUCCUGCGUGGCGUCCCCUUCGACGUCGUGAAAUCCAUCGGGCGUUGGAGUGGCGAGAGUUUCAAACUCUACCUUCGCAAGCACGCCGUCAUUCUCGCACCCUACCUCCAGAGCUCGGCAGUGCUCGACAACAUCACGCGCUACACCAUGUCCCCGCUACGGCAAUGA